CAGUCAGAAGGCCGCGUAGGGCUGGAAGGCGGGCCUUGACUGUAGCUGCUGGGCCAAGCCGAACGAGUCGGGUCACUCCUUGCCGUGGGGGAGGGCGAAAGGGUCCGUGCCUGGCCGCUUAUCAUGGGAGGGGGUUCCUGCGUAGAGGUGGCUGCGGUGGCUCGUGCCGUUCCCGCGCGCUAGCCUGGCUGUGGAGCGCGGGGCCGUUGUGACAGGCGCGAGGGCCUCCCCCGCCCUCCGCGCUGUUUGUGUGCGUGAGUCUCCGCACGCGCCAGGCGGUUGCUCGGCCGGUUGUUCUGGGGCCCGACCUCGCUCGCCCUCCCUUAGUUCGCCAUGCGGCUGUGCGGGGCGCUUCUGAAGAGUCCCAUCCCCAAACAGAUCGAGUACUAUUCCCGCUUUUCCCCGUCGCCACUCUCCAUCAAGCAGUUCCUGGACUUCGACAACAACCCUGUGAAACUUAGAGUGACUGACUCAAGGUCAUACAGCAAAUUUCUUGCCAGAGUGUGGGUUUGAACUUGGGUCUCCCAGAUUCUAACCAUCAAUCUAACCAGCGCAGAGUGCAACUGUUAGUGGGAGAAGAUUCCUGUCUGAAAAACAAGGGCGUGAUAAUGCUUGUGAGAAGACAUCAUAUAUGUUUCUGCGAAAAGAACUUCCUGUGCGGCUUGCUAAUACCAUGAGAGAAGUAAAUCUAUUGCCUGACAACUUGCUGAAUAGACCAUCAGUUAAACUAGUCCAGAGCUGGUACAUGCAGAGCUUUCUUGAGCUUUUAGAAUAUGAAAAUAAAAGCCCUGAAGAUCCACAUGUUCUAGAUAAUUUCUUAGAUGUCUUAAUUAAAGUUAGGAACAGACACAACGAUGUUGUUCCUACCAUGGCCCAAGGAGUGAUUGAAUAUAAAGAAAAAUAUGGUUUUGACCCUUUUGUGAGCAGUAACAUCCAGUAUUUUCUAGACAGAUUCUAUACCAACCGCAUCUCGUUCCGCAUGCUUAUUAACCAGCACACUCUGCUUUUUGGUGGAGUUACUAAUCCUGCUCAUCCCAAACAUAUUGGGAGUAUUGAUCCUACUUGUAAUGUGGCUGAUGUGAUUGAAGAUGCUUUUGCAACUGCUAAAAUGUUGUGUGAGCAGUAUUAUCUAGUAUCGCCGGAUCUGGAAAUUGAAGAAUUCAAUGCUAAAGCACCAGGCAAGCCUAUCCAAGUAGUCUAUGUACCGUCACAUCUGUUCCACAUGCUUUUUGAGUUGUUCAAGAACUCCAUGAGAGCUACGGUUGAAUUAUAUGAAGGUAAAAGUGACGGCUAUCCAGCUGUUAAAACAUUAGUCACAUUAGGUAAAGAAGACCUCUCAAUAAAGAUAAGCGAUAAAGGGGGUGGUGUACCUCUGAGAAAAAUAGACCGCCUAUUUAACUACAUGUAUUCAACUGCCCCCAGGCCUAGUUUGGAGCCAUCAAGAGCUGUCCCUUUGGCAGGAUAUGGGUAUGGUCUGCCAAUUUCUCGUCUUUAUGCAAGAUAUUUUCAGGGUGAUCUCAAACUGUACUCAAUGGAAGGUGUGGGGACUGAUGCUGUAAUUUAUUUGAAGGCUCUUUCCAGUGAAUCGUUUGAAAGAUUGCCAGUUUUUAAUAAAUCAGCCUGGCGACAUUACAAGACCACACCAGAAGCUGAUGACUGGAGCAACCCCAGCAGUGAACCCCGGGAUGCUUCCAAAUAUAAAGCUAAUCGAUAAUUUGCCAACUUAUCUAUCAUGAUGAUGACUCCUGCAUUUGGAAAUGAGUCUCUGCUUUGUUCUAAUCUCAAGUAGCCAAUCAUUUCCAUAGAAAGACCUGUUACGGGACUGAAAUAGCAAGAACAGGGAGGACUGAAAAAGAUUGACAUUACGUAUUUUUGAUGUGACUUAUUGUGACUAGUAUGCCAAAAUUGAUGUGGUGAGUUGGGUCACAAAUGACAAAAAAGGUUGCACUGUGACUGCACUUACAUUAUACAGCUGUAUAGCAAAGGGUGGGAUACUAUUUUUAAAGGUACAUUUCUAGUCUUAGGUAAGAAUUGGCAGAAUUGUAACUCCUUGUUUGACAGUAGCGUCCUAUACAGCAACAUGAUGUAACAGAAAUUCUAGUGUAGUUUAUUGUGUGCUUAGAAAACUCUCAAUGCUGCAUUUUUAUAUGAUACAAUGUCAUCAUUAUAUUUUUAAAAAUGCAGGUGGGGGGGGUUGUCUUCUGGUGUAUAUCUGCGCACCCAUCGUUUUCCAGUAGUUGUAGCAGGGUUUUUUUUGGCAAUUUCAGAAGCUCAUUCUCUAUACACAAAUCACUCCUGUAAAGCAGUGAAAUUUUCACUUUUCAGUAGGUAUACUGUGAUUUUUUUUAAAAAUCACUUUAAUUAUGGAUUUGAAAAAUUCUUUUCCAUUUAAGCUAACUUCAGGAAGGAAAAAUGUUAAAUCAGAUUCACAUACUUGGGGGAAAAAAUCCAGUUGAUAAAGGUGGAGAUUUUUCCCUGUUUCCCCCUCCCUUUUUUGCAGCACAUGCUUCUAGAAACCUUUGGAAGUGAGGGGGGGGGGGAGCUGCGCCGUGUCCAGUUGCCCCAAAUUUACCCCCUCCCUUCUGGAUUGGGCUGUCCAUGAGCAUUUUAUCUCCUAAACUAUGGAUCUACGGAAAGCAUGGCUUGUGAAGCACUAAGGGACAUUCUGAUAAAAUGUCUUCACAACAAUGGAUCUGAAGUAGGGUAGGGGUCAAUGGAACACCAAGAAACCUUUCUCCAUAUUUUUGUGUUGUAUUUUUAUGUGUGAGAUUGGGCACAGUUUAAUAUGAUAGACAAAAUAUGAUAGUAAGCUACAACUACUUAGAUACUUUAAGAGGACAGUUCAAGCUUCCCUACCAUUCUUAUUCAAAAAUAAUAAAAUACUUUAUUAGUAGCCACAAUACCCAAACUUGAAUUUCAUACUUUUAUGUCAGCAGACAUGUGCAUGAGUCCUAACCAUUUGUAUAAAUGUUUAUAGUGUUGGCAACUAUACAUGUAUGUCUUUCUAGCAGCAACUUCAGUUUGUGCACUCUGGAAAUCAAAUUUGCAUUGAUGGCAUUUAUCUGCAUUUUCACUGGAUUCAUUAUUUCAUUCAAUGAAAGUAAGUUUUAGGAUGGAGGUCAGACUUAUAGAAUUAUAACAUGUAAUGACUAUAUAGAAAUGUGACCAGCACAUGGAACUUCCUGUUUGUCUAGGCUAUAAAAGCUGCUAUAUCCUGUCAUGGCACGCAAAUCUAAUCAUAAGAGAAAUAGGAUUUUGCAUCAACAAAAUAUUUAGCUGUUAGAAAGGAUAGGAUCUGAAAAUUCCAUGGUAUGUUCAUUAAAAUGUUCAUUUAUAUAA